UCGGGCUAGGGCGCUCGGCCGGCUUCUGGGCCGACCCGGUUCCGGCGCCUCCGCUGCCGGCCGCGCGGCCCAGCCUCGCUCCGGGAUCUCAAAUGACCUCCGAGGGCGGGCCGCCGCCGCCCCCGCCUCGCCCGCCGCCGGCCCCGCUCCGCCGCGCGUGCAGCCCGGCCCCCGGCGCGCUCCAGGCCGCCCUGAUGAGCCCGCCGUCCGCCGCCGCCGCCGGCCUGGAGCCCGCCUCGUCGUCGUCGUCGUCGUCCGCCUCCUGUGCCUCCUCGGCUUCCUCGUCGUCCUCCUCCUCCUCCAACCCCGCCAGCGCCUCCUCCGCCGCGGGCAAGAGCGCAGGCGGCGGCGGCGCGGGCGCCAAGAAGGCGAGCUCGGGGCUGCGGCGGCCGGAGAAGCCGCCUUACUCGUACAUCGCGCUCAUCGUCAUGGCCAUCCAGAGCUCGCCCAGCAAGCGCCUGACGCUCAGCGAGAUCUACCAGUUCCUGCAGGCGCGCUUCCCCUUCUUCCGCGGUGCCUACCAGGGCUGGAAGAACUCCGUGCGCCACAACCUCUCGCUCAAUGAGUGCUUCAUCAAGCUGCCCAAGGGCCUCGGGCGGCCGGGCAAGGGCCACUACUGGACCAUAGACCCGGCCAGCGAGUUCAUGUUCGAGGAAGGCUCGUUCCGCCGCCGGCCUCGCGGCUUCAGGCGGAAGUGCCAGGCGCUCAAACCCAUGUACCACCGCGUAGUGAGUGGCUUGGGCUUCGGGGCCUCGUUGCUGCCCCAGGGUUUCGACUUCCAGGCGCCCCCGUCGGCGCCGCUCGGCUGCCACGGGCAGGGCGGCUACGGCGGCCUUGACAUGAUGCCGGCGGGCUACGACGCCGGCGCAGGCGCCCCGGGCCACGCGCACCCACACCACCACCACCACCACCACCACCACCACGUCCCGCACAUGUCGCCCAACCCGGGCUCCACCUACAUGGCCAGCUGCCCCGUGCCCGCCGGGCCUGGGGGUGUAGGCGCGGGCGGCGGCGGCGGCGGCGGCGGCGGCGGGGACUACGGUCCGGACAGCAGCAGCAGCCCCGUGCCUUCGUCCCCUGCCAUGGCGAGCGCCAUCGAGUGCCACUCGCCCUACACGAGUCCCGGGGCGCACUGGAGCUCGCCCGGCGCCUCGCCUUACCUCAAGCAGCCGCCCGCCCUGACGCCGAGCAGCAACGCCGCGGCCUCCACCGGCCUGCACUCCAGCAUGUCCUCCUACUCGCUGGAGCAGACCUACCUGCACCAGAACGCCCGCGAGGACCUCUCAGUGGGACUGCCUCGAUACCAGCAUCACUCUACCCCAGUGUGUGACAGAAAAGAUUUCGUCCUCAACUUUAAUGGCAUUUCUUCUUUUCAUCCCUCUGCUAGCGGGCCAUAUUAUCACCAUCACCACCAUCAGAGCGUCUGUCAGGAUAUUAAGCCCUGCGUCAUGUGAAUGCAGGGAGGGAGGAGGCCAUGCCAAGGCCGCUCUCUCCUUUGAGGGGGAAGAUGAACUGAGGUGGACUCACAUAAUGUGCACCCCAAUCGCAAUAAGUAGCACCCCAGUCACUUAGAAUCCCCAGGCCAGCAUUGUUCACUGACAGUUGUCUACCACUGGUAGAAGGACAAGCCCUGGCAUGGUAAUGCCCUAAGUAUGUGCAGGCUCCAAUCAGAGGGAGAGCUAACUGAGAACUCAACUUCUUAGCAGAAAUGGUACAAAGUUACCACAUGAAAAACAUAAACAUGUAACUCUGGGAUCUUCAUUGCCUUCAGUAAUCAGGGUCUGAAAAACGCAGACAAGUUGUGUGUGUGUUUUUCUUUAUCUAUGAAAAUUUGUGUGCUUUUCAAAAAGGCAGUGCUAAACACAAAAUUUCAAGAAAGCCUCAUCUUGUUGCCUAGUGAAGGAGAGAGUUGUUUUACCAAACAUUACGUUUGGAUACAGGUGCCAAAGAACAUUAUUAAGAAAGUAUUUAGAAACAAUGUGUCUAGUUUAAGAAAGUGGUUUUCAGUAUUGUGACAAUACAACGUUUCUUACAAGGUUGUUUUCUACCACCAUAUUUUAAAGAUAUUUUUAUGAUCUCAUGUAUACUCACACUUUGCUUGUAUUUUAAAAGGAGGAUAUAUUUGCACUUAUGUAUACUUUUACAGUUUGCCAAACGAUUUUGAUGUAAAAUUUUUUCAAUAAAAUGUAUAUAACAAAUA